AUGGCACAGGCGUCGAAUGUAUACGUUUCCGACCACUCGGAGUCGGUCUUGAAGUCUCACAAUUUACGUACGGCUGCCAAUUCAGCUGCAUACCUCCUGAAUUCCAUUCUCCCAAAUAUGCAAAUCUGUGACAUAGGUUGUGGUCCAGGAUCCAUCACGACUGACCUUGCUGCAUUGGUACCUAAUGGUCAAGUUGUCGGCAUCGAUAUGGGACAAGACGUAGUCGAAAAGGCUCGCUCAACGGCUGCUGAGCGCGGUAUCAAGAAUGUCAGGUUUCAAGUUGGAGAUGCACAUGCUUUGGACUUUCCAGAUCACACUUUUGAUGUUGUCCAUUGUCAUCAAGUUCUAAACCACAUCGCUGGCCCUGCCAAUGCACUGCGCGAAUGGCGUCGAAUUACAAAGCCAGGUGGCCUCGUGGCUUGCCGCGAAUCAGAUUUUGAUUCUGCUACCCACUACCCUGAGAUCAAAGGGGUCGCCGACUUCAAGGACGUAUAUAUCAAAACGGUCAGAUCCCGUGGUGGUGAACCGAACGCGGGACGCCAUAUGGUUGCAUGGGCUCGCGAAUCAGGCAUUGACCGUUCUUGCAUUACUGCUAGUGCAAGUGUCUGGUGUUUUUCCAGCCCAGAGGAAAGAGGCUACUGGAGUAAAAUGUGGGCCGAUCGCCUACUAAACUCGUCGCUUGCCAAGAAUGUGAUUGACGGUGGCUUUGCCACUCAAGAGGACAUUAAUUGCUUUGUCCAGGGUUGGCGGGAAUGGGAGACCGACGACGAUGGUUGGUACACUUUGACUCAUGGGGAAAUCCUUUGCCGAGUGUAA